AUGGCUCUGGUGGCCCACCGGAUGAUGUUGCCCGCGCGGCAUCGACGCAGCACCACCCAGCAGGUGGCCCGCAACAAGGUGGGCGUUCUCCUCGUUCCCAGUGUGGCGGACUAUUACGCCGGCGAAAUUCCACCGCCUCCGGGGGCGGCCACGCCCACUCCGGCCGGAUCGCAAAUGCAUCUUCCGCAGGAUCCGGCGGAAACAGCCGCCGAUGGUAGCAAUGGAAAAGUGAGUGCAACAAGUCGGUGCAACGGUCGGAUUCACUUACCAUUGCAUGCGAAAUUUCCUUUGGGGAUUUCCCCCAAAAGCAGCUUCGUUUUCACGCUUUUCCUUUCCCUUCGUUUAAAUCUCGAGCCAGCCGCCUAUGUGGAAAUUCGCAAUGAAAGUCAGUCCCAUUUUUCGACCAUGGAUAACCUGGAAAAGCCAAAUGGAGGAAGGGAGAAUGAGAUUAUCAGACAGGCUGCCAAGGAGCACGAGAUUGUAAAGCAGCAGCGAUUUUUAGAGAUAACAAGAAGGGAACCAAUGAAAUUUGGUGGCUCAAGCUGUUUCAAAAUGCAAUAG